GUUUCCGAAGAUCACCGCCAGUUUGUUGGCUUGUGAAUAAGAUGGAGCUAUAAUAUUUUCAUAUUAGAAAAAAGGUCAGUAAUUUGAAAUUCCUACAGUAUUUAGGGUCCCGCUUAUUGUGUAUUUUCUAAAUUUAGGAACAUAAAUUACGUAUUUUCCCUUUUCUACAGAAAAAUUACCCAUGCCUGGUCUACCGACGCCGCAAAUAUGCCGUUGUCUUUUUUGUUCUAUAAUCUUGCAACUACAAAACAUUUUGCACUAUACUUUCAGAAUUAUCUAUUCAAGUGGUCAAAGUUAUGAUGAAUUAUGAUAUUGAGAUGUUUAAAGAAACUGAAUGUUAUCUGAACAAUCCAAGACUCUCCCACUUUAUAGGUUAAUAAUCGGUUGAAAAAUGGGUGAAGGAAUAAAACAAGUGAGAGUAGACAACUGGGGGAUUUACUUCCUCCAGCGUCUUCAGAUGUUCUUCAGCAGGACAGACUACUGCGAUUUAACCCUUCAGUUCGAAGGAAAUGUCCAGCUCAAGGUACAUAGAUUAGUGAUGAAUGCUUGCACAGAAUACUUUGCAUUCUUGGAGCAAACAUGCCCAAUUGUGGAAGACAACACCAUAGUGAUGCCUGAAGACCUCCAGUCAGACGUUAUUGUACCCAUUGUCAACUUUAUGUACACAGGUAUGCUGGAAUUCCAUAUGUCACUGUUUGACAAAAUCUACAGAGCCGCUGAGCUGAUGGACAUGCCUAUACUGAUAAAAGUCCUAGAAGCCCAGAGACAUCCAUUUUCUACAGCAAUGACAGAUAAAAAGAAAAAGGAGCCAUCUCUGAACACAUGGGCUCCAAAGAAGACCCCACCAAAACCGGAACUACCCUCGCCUAUUCUACCAAAAAAAUCUUUCUAUAAACGCGGCAAGCAAAAUGCCCCUUCUACAUCAACAAACGAAAGGAGCUGGUUACCGGAUCCAUUGGCAUUAACUGAGCCACCAUUGAGAUAUUUGGACAAUGCCCCAAAACCAACCAGGUUUGAGUGGCCAGAGGAUGUGCCUAUGAUGAUGGACACUAGCUUCUCUGAUAUAUCUUUGACCAGUCAGCCAUUGUUGACCAAAGAAGAUGAAAACAGGGUGAUAGUUGCAAGUAGCAAGACAAAGACAGCCUCUAAGGAAGAUGCAGAAAGUACUGAAAAUGCUAACAGUACUGAAGAAGAGAAAUCACCUGAAGUAGUCCAUAAAAGAAAAACAGAUCAGCCUGCUGCGAAGCCGUCACCGAAACGGGCGAAAGUUAGUGAUAAGGAAAACAAAGAAACGACCAUAAACAUCAAGAGUAACAACAUAGGCGACUUGGAUCACACAAAAAUUGUAUCGGAAAUAUUGAAAAAAUAUCCGGAUCUCGUAAAGAAAAACAAAAAUAUACGACUCAAAAUUAUGUCUCCAACCGCUAAAAGUUCAGAUAAAUCUACUGUGGUGAAGACGGCCAAUAUCAAAAUAACGGGACAAAUUCCAAAGCCAAAAACUCAAAACCCACCUCCGAAACCAAAACCUGUUCUCAUAGACAAACCUGUUGCUAGUGAUGGACCGUGGUAUUGCAACAAGUGUGAAGAAUCAGGAGAACCACAGGAGUUUGUUCUGUACUAUCUAUACCGUAAACAUAUGCAAGACGUCCACAAUGUCGAAUUUGAUAUAAGUUUAUGUAAAUUCUGUGGCAAGAAGUGCGUAAAGGAAAAUGUCAUGGCAUACCAUCUAUACACGAAACAUGGAUACAAGACGUCUUCAAGCAUCAGUUUUCCCAAGUGUGACUUAUGUCCUUAUGUUGCAAUUUCCAUACCGAAACUCGCCAGUCAUCACGCCUCUCACAAGCCUCAAGAACGACAGUGCCCUUGUUGCAAGUUGGCCUUCACUUCUAACCAAUCAUUAGCUUUGCACGUCCAAUUAACUGCACACAGGGACAAACAGGUGCGGACAAGCUGCGAAUGUCAAUAUUGCAACAAAAAGACGUAUUCUUCUAUCGGGCUGCUACUGCAUCUCAAGUCUAAUCAUUUGAAAGAAGCAAAGAGAGACGGUAUUGUGCUGAAUUUAACAGAUCUGGAACAAAUGGAAAAUCUCAAUGAUAUUAACGAUAGUGAAGAAGAGGAAGGAGAAUAUAUCACACCUGAUAAUAUUGAUCAAAAGGAUAAGGUGAAGAUAAUUUCCAACGUCAAAGUUCCUAGCCAGCCCCAGGAUCACAAGCAACAAAUCGCGCAUGUAGUCCCACCUUUAGAGCCCAGUUCAGAGGCCGAGGCGUUGAAUAAUGUGGCCAGCGGAAUCGCGACGAGCUUGGGUCUGGUGGACAUCGUCGUAUUGGACGAUAAAGGGCAGUACGUGUUGGGAAACAGGGAGGACAGUGCUACCGAAUACGUACUACCAGAUUUGACGACUGGUACGGCCCAAAAUUUCGUUGGGCAGAGGGUCGUGCAGAAUACGGACGGGGACAUGCAGCCGACUGUUCUGCCUGCGACACAGGAGGUGUCGUCGACUGACGAGUUGGUGAUGGUGCUAACAGAUCAUGAUUACCAGGAAGAAACUGAAGCAGCACAGCAAGAUAAUUCAAACAUAGUUGUGUUAUACAGUCAUCCCGUUGAUGGACAGCAAGGGCAGUUUAUUACCUCUCAGGGAAACCUUCUGGUGAACUCUCAAACUGGAAUGUUGGAACUAAGGAACGGACCUACGAUGACCACAGCAUCCUCGAAUCAACUGAUAGUCACCACGGCCACAGAAACGCCGAUAGAAUCCAUCGAAAUGAUCCAAAGGGAAAUAGAUACUCACGAAGCCGUGAAAAACAGAACAUUUGUACAGGACACAAAGGCUGGAGAGGUGCAUGGUGGUCAGGAUAUGCCGGAUAUUAAUGAAGAACCAGCAGCGACCGAAACUGCUCCGUCUGAAGAUGCCGCUGUUUCAGGAGAAGAUAGUCAAACUGGUGUCACUGGUCAGGAGGGGGCACAGCAGCUUCAAGAACCUGGACAUACAGAUGAAGAUGCUGCACAAGAGGGUAACAAUAAGGAAGAGAUACAAGGUAUGUGUCAGAACCUGUGGCCGAAUCUGAGCAAGAGCAGUGUGUAGAGUACCCUCAACAAUCUGUUGAAGACACAACAGACGGUCAACAAGCAACAGACACUACUGAUCACAGCGCUGUAACGGCAGAAGAGCCGAUGGAAAUCGACGAAGCGACGAAAGAAAUUGUCCAGCAUGUCGAUAAAACAGGGGUUGCCGUGACGGAACCACCUGCUGAGGAACACACCGAGGAUGACCAGCAAAAUAAGGAAGAGGAAGCUGGUGUAGAUGUUCCACCAGACACUCGAGACAGUCAAGAAGAUCAAGAAGUGCCGGUGAACGAUCCAUCGUUAUUGCAACAAUCGAGUGGUGAAUGGGAGCAAGGUCAAGAAGAAGCUAUGGAGGUUGAUGGAAGAGUUGAAGAACAUGUUGAAGUUUCUUCCAAGGAUGCUGAAGAGAAUAACAGAUUAUCUGAAGAUAAACUGACUGAAGAAUCGUUGGAAAAUGACGAUCAACAACAAGAAAUCGAGGCUGAAAAAGAAUCAUCUGUUGUUGAAGCAGAACCGGAACCUAGAGAGGACGUAGAAGACGAUGACGACACGACGCAAACGUCGCAUUCCUCCCAGGACCAGAACAAGACCCAGACCGCCAUUCUGGAGGACUGGGAGGACACGGAUUCGCAACAAAGCGAGCGGCCGCGUCAGGAAGCGAGUCAAGAUGAGGAAGAAGAUGACAGUGAACAGAAAUCAAAGGACAAUGUUAAUAAAUUGAUGGACGAUUGGCAAGACGACGAGGAUGAGGAUAAGAAGUAGAGGUCACGAAAGUUAGGAUGAGCAGCAAUGCUGACGCAAAGUGCUUCUUGAAAAAUUGGUAUUAGGAAUCAAAAACGGCCAUUUUGAUGAUUUUAAAUAUAUGACCAACAUAGAUUUAAAAUUGUACUCUAUUUAUUUUUUUCUAUUAUUUAAUCAUGGACAAUGUAGAUUUUUAUUUUCGUACAUUUUAGAAAAUGCUUUAUAGAUGUGUUUUAUUUUAAAUGUACACUAUAAUCGUUAUGUGACUUGUAAAUACUCCAUAAUUCAUAUAUGCAUAAUUUGUAGUAAUUUUAGUGUAAAUAAAAAGGUCAUUCAAGUAGUAUAUUCAGUAGUUAUGUGUAUACUUUGUAAUAAAUACAUAAAGUCAA